CCCCCGGUUGAUGCUCGGCUCUAUUUCUUUUCACUUCUUAAUGUUUACUCGGACUUGCAGCUUCUUUGACACCGAGAUUCGUUAGAAACCGGAACCGAACGGGCCGUUUUCUCCUCGGUUCGGUUAUGAACUGAGCUCCCUCCGACCCGGGCAGCUGUUGGCCGACUUUAGGACCAUGCAGGCUUUGAGCUCCUCUGCAGUCCUGCAGCUUUUUGGCUUCCUGAUUGGACUGAGCAGCUCCCUGGACCCCAGAGACCCCAACGUGUGCAGCCUGUGGGAGAGCUACACCACCUCGGUGAAGGAGUCCUACUCUCACCCCUACGACCAUGUGACGGAGGAGCCAUGCUCGGACCCCCGGACGUCGUACAGAUGCUCCCGUCACAGGAUCACCUAUAAAACGGCGUACAGGCAGGCGGUGAAGACCGAGUACCGCAGGCGGUACCACUGCUGUCCAGGCUACUAUGAGAGCGGAGGCCGAUGUGUUCCUCACUGCAGCCAGGAGUGCGUCCACGGCCGCUGCGUCGCUCCGAACCGCUGCCAGUGUGAGAAAGGAUGGCGAGGCGACGACUGCUCCAGCUCCUGCGACGACAGACACUGGGGUCCAGACUGCCGGAAGGAGUGCAAGUGUGAGAACGGCGCGCUCUGCGACCCGGUGGGGGGCGUCUGCCAGUGUCCGCCCGGGUUCAUCGGACGCCUCUGCGAGGACUCGUGUCCGGCCGGGACCUUUGGGAAGGGCUGCCAGCAGAAGUGCAAGUGUGGCAACGGAGGAUCCUGCAACAAGGCAACAGGAGAAUGCACGUGUCAGAAGGGAUUCACCGGGACUUUCUGUGCGAAGACGUGUAAAGGCUCCUGCCAGCCGAGAUGCCCCUGCCAGAACGAGGGCCGCUGCAAGGGCAACGGGGUCUGCGCCUGUCUGGCUGGAUGGACGGGUGCGAUCUGCACGGAACAAUGUCCAGAGGGAAGGUUUGGGAAAAACUGCUCAGAGGAGUGUGUUUGCCACAACAACGCUAAAUGUGACCCCUUAACUGGACGCUGCCAAUGUAGAGAGGGUUUCACUGGCAACAGGUGUAAUGAGGAGUGCCCUGCAGGUACCUACGGCCAGGACUGUAAAGGUGUGUGCAACUGUGCAAACGGCGCGCGCUGCUUCAACAUCGACGGCAGCUGCUUUUGUGAGCCCGGAUUCAGCGGGCCGCAGUGCAGGAACCGGAUGUGUGCGCCUGGGAACUACGGCAUGCACUGCGAACACAAGUGUCUCUGUGAGGAGAAACACACUCUGAGCUGCCACCCGAUGAAAGGCGAAUGCACGUGCCAGCCGGGCUGGGCGGGUCUGUUCUGCAACGAGACGUGUCCUCAUGGUUUCUACGGCGACGGCUGCAUGGAGCCGUGUCUGUGUGUGAACGGAGGCGUGUGCGACAGCGCCACGGGACGAUGCCACUGCUCCCCCGGAUUCACGGGCGUUCACUGCGAGAGUCCCUGUAAAAGCGGCGUCUACGGGAAGAACUGCUCCCUGGAAUGCUCCUGCGAAAACUUUAUCGACUGCUCACCGGUUGACGGCACUUGCUUCUGCAAAGAGGGCUGGCAAGGGCCAGACUGCUCCGUCCCCUGCGCUGACGGCACCUGGGGCCCCGGGUGCAACACCACCUGCCGCUGCACCAACGGGGACAAAUGUGACCCGGCAGACGGAUCGUGCAAAUGCUCAGCCGGAUGGCAGGGGGCGCUCUGUGACCAGCCGUGUGGUAUGGGCUCGUUCGGGCCGGGCUGCCUGAAGAGGUGCGACUGUAUUUACGGCAGCGGUUGCCAGGCGACCAGCGGGGAGUGCCACUGUCUGCCAGGUUGGACGGGGCCGCACUGCAGCGAUCCGUGUCCGGAGGGCCUGUGGGGCCCCCACUGCAACUACUCCUGCUCGGACCGCUGUCCCAACAGCGACACGUGUCUGAGGAAAACCGGGGAGUGUGUGUGCCGGCCGGGCUACUGGGGCGCCGCCUGCCAGAACAAUUCGUCUGAGCGGGUGGGCAGCGUCAUGGUCCCUCUGCCCCCGGGGGAGAGGGAGUCGUGGGGCGCCAUCGGCGGCAUCGUGGUGCUGGUCCUGCUGGUGGUGAUGCUGCUGGCUCUGCUGCUGCUCUACCGGCGCCGGCAGAAGGACAAGCAGAACAACACGCCCACCGUCUCCUUCUCCACCAGCCGCACCGUCAACUCCGAAUACGCCGUCCCAGAUGUUCCCCACAGCUACCAUCAUUACUACUCCAACCCCAGCUACCACACGCUGAGCCAGAACCGGCCGCCGCUGCCGCACGUCCCCAACAACCACGACCGCGUCAUCAAGAACACCAACAACCAGCUGUUCUGCAGCGUGAAGAACGCGGCCAGGGAGCGGCGUGGCCUGUUCGGGGUCGAGACCAACGCCACUCUGCCUGCAGACUGGAAGCAUCACGAGGCCCGCAAAGGUUCAGGAGCGUUUGGCAUCGACCGGAGCUACAGCUACAGCGCCAGCCUUGGAAAAUAUUACAACAAAGAGCUGAAGGAUUUGGUGGCGGCGAGCAGCAGCUCUCUGAACAGCGAGAACCCGUACGCCACCAUCAAGGACCUGCCCGGCCCGCCGUUCUGCACCCCGGAGAGCAGCUACAUGGAGAUGAAGGCGGCCGUGCCGCGGGAGCGAGCGUACACCGAGAUCAGCCCGCCGCCGUUCAGCAUGGCCACGCUGCGCAGAGAGCGGCAGAGCUCCCUGGGUCACGCCCCUCAUGACGACCCCCAGAGCCACUAUGACCUCCCUGUGAACAGCCACAUCCCGGGACACUACGACCUGCCUCCGGUGCGCCGGCCGCCCUCCCCCCGGCCCGCCCCGCGCAGAACGCUGCAGUGAGAGCCGCAGAGGCGCCGCGGGUUCACCCUCCUCCCUUUGGGCCGAUGGAGAAGAGCAGACUGUUUGUUCUUCACCUAUAAACUCAGUAAGGUCCUGUUUGAGGGCAGCACUGCCCCCCUGUGGCCAUCAGAUGGUACUGCUGCCACCAGGACUGAAGAACCAGGAAAGCUGGUGACAUCAGAGGAGCUUCACUGCGACGUGAUUUCAGCUUUCAUUUUUCUUUUCUGACUUCAUUAAAGUGGAAAACAUUAAAAAAUGUAAAAAAAUGCAGCCGGCAGCUUCUCACAAACUCUAAAGUUUCUGAAUAUGUCAUGGAAGCCAAAGAAAAGCGUCAAUCUCCAGGAAUAUUGGGCCCAGAAUGUGGAUGGAAACUCUGUACAUAUGGAAGUAAAUAUAGUAUCACCACAAGGAACAUUGUAAAUAAACAAACAGCUCUCCAGAUUUACAAAUCAUGGUUAUUUCCUGUCAUGCAGUAUUUAAAGCUGGAGUAUGUAACAGAUAUAAAAAUAUUUUAUUUUACGUAUUUGUUAAAACUGUCACCAUGUCAUAAGAGUUUGAUAUGAGACAGAUAAUCUGAAGGCAGAGGAGCUCAGUCUGUUCGGUUUCAUUGUCUCACACCAUGGUGUCACAACAUAGCGACAGUUUCAAUAAAUAUAAAAAUAUAUAUAUAUUUUUUGUAUAAGUUAUAUACUGGAACCUUUAAAGAUUAAUUUUAACAGUCAAAGCUCAGUGAGGGUAUUUUCACACCCAACAGAUUUUACUCCUUUUGGUAACAGAAUUUGCAACAUUUGUUACAUUUUCAGCUGCUUUUCGUUUUCACACUGCACUGUUUAAAAAACCUGACCCCUCCUCACAAACAUAAACAGAGACUAUGCUAGCUAGACCCUCGUUUGUUAUGGUUGUAUUUACCCAGAAUCCCCUGCGCUGCAGUUCACUUCCUGUCCGCUUGUCAUUCACAUACACAUCUGAACUGCACCAGAAUUCAAUUCAACAUGGACAUUAGAGUUCAUUACAGACUCACACCUCCCUAAACAAACCGAACUUUCAAGGCAAACUAAACAGGGCUGAUGAAAACAGGGCAUUAUGGGUAAAUACAACAAAACCAAAUGCGAUAGCCCAGCGUUAGCAGGAGAAAUGCUUCAUGGUCUUUUCCCAAAGACAAGAGAGAAAUGCUAACCGCUGAAAUCUGAUGCCUCCAUGUUUGUUUUCAUUUCAUGGAGAAGAAAGUUGAGUUCAAUUUUUUCUUCAGAGGUUUUCAUGUUGUUUCCUUCAAUGGUUCUUGCUGCAGCGCCCCCGCAGGCGAGGAGGGGAACAGGUUUUUCAAAUUGACUCAAUGCAGUAUGAAAGUGAACCACUGAAAAUGUACCAAAUGUUUGAAUUUUGGUUUCCAAUCGAACCGAGUCUAGCAGACUGUCAGCUGGAAGCUGAUCCCAGUUUGUUGGUUUUGGUUUCUCAAACCUUUUUGGAGAAUAAACCGCAGCUCCUCAAUGUAAUUCAGACUUUCUGAGCUCGAGUCAACAUGUUAAUGUUUGAGUUAUGAGCUUUGUGACGCCAUUCAUCAUGCUGGAUAAUCGCCAAACUCUUGAUGGAUUUUAUUUUAUUUUUUAAAAAGUUGCUCUACCUUUAACUUUUGAUCCAACUCAAUCUUGGGAGAACGUCUUCUGAGAAGAACCAAGCAUUGGAUUGCAGACAUCAACUUCUCUACCCUAUACAGCUCAUUUGCAGAAUCUCUUCUGUCCUUAACGGACCAGAAACAGAAGUUUUCACCCGUCUGUCUGCAGAUCUGCUGCAAAUGCUGAGCAAGCUCUGCACUGGUGGCAACAUGAAUGACUCUACAGCAGCUUCCAGAGGAUUCUCUGCAGCUCAGAUGCUCAACUUGAACCUCUUGAGGAUCCAGAAACUUUCCUCCAGCUGCACAGUUGUCAUUACUGUUGUAAUGCAAACAGAAAUAAACGAUAAACACUUCAGCAAUCUGCUAAUUAGAUGCACAAGUUUCCAGCUGGACUCUUUCUGAAUGGAGAUAGAGUCACUUAGUGUCAAGUGAAAAUAGUUUCAUUAAAUGUUUAAUGGUGGAGCGUUUUGGAAUUGCAAGACAUUUUCUCAACCUGCAGCUGUAAAGGUCACAGAUUAGAGCCUGGAGCUUCUCCUGCAUCCAUUAGAUGUUUAAUGUCAUUUUUCAACAAAUUAACUUCCUUCAGGUUCAUAACUGAUGAAUAUUACAGAGCAGGUCUGUUACCUGCCGUCUUUGGUUAAAUAAACUGUUUUUGUAAAAGAGUUCAAAUAUUUUACUGACUUAAACGAUUGGGAGAAACAUACAAAAACUGACUUUCCUCCGUUUUCUUUCAUAAAUGACUUAACAUUCUCAGAGCAGUCAAACCUCUUCAGGAUUUUAACACUUUAAAUGCCGGUUUCAAAUUUUAUUCAUUACAAAAAAACAAAAAAAAGUCCUGAAUGUCAAAUUAGCAACAAAAUACAUUUGACUGCAUUAUAUAAUUAUAACUAUUGAUUUCCAUCAUUACAAAAAUCUCUCUAUAGUCACACUGCAAAAACAAAAUGUUAAUUUAUGUUUAGUUUCUACUGCAAAUAACUUAGUACACUUGAAUUAAGACAAAUAGUAACUUAUCAGCCAGAUAGGCUCAUUUCAAGUCCACAAUUCGUCAAUAUAGAUGCAAAAAUAUUAGUUUCACUUAAAAUGGGAAAAAUGUGUUGAGUGAAAAAAUGCCAGUGGAAUUAGUAAUUUAUUUUUGAAAAAUUGCCUUAAAAUAAGUUCCUGUAUGCAGCUGAAAAUUUAAAGUUAAUUUUAUUUCAUGUGACAAUCUGGAACCAAAAUACUGAAGAUUCUAUGUUUUUGCAGUGCAGUUUAAGAAAUUAUUUUUGUCAGUGUUGCAUUUUGAAGUAAUGACAUUAGAAAUAAAGUGCCUGCCUUUCUGCAGUGAUCAUGGAGAUGUGACCACCAGGGGGCGCCAAAAGUUUGUGAAUAUUCAUUAUUUGGCAUAAAGUUUUCCAUAGAGCAGAUCUUAUGUCUUCAGUUAAAAACUAUUUCUCCGAUUCCACCUGAACGUAUUUUGUGUUGUAAAUAUUUUUAAACAUGUAAUCUUGUAUUUCUGAAUGCAACUGUGGGUACAUAUAUGUGUUUGCAUGAUGCAAAUAAAAUUGUUCGCACUUUU